CUGCCUCUCCACCCUCCAAAUCCGCGCAUUAGAGCUUCCUCCACUCGUUGCCUCCCAUGGCGUCUGCCCUUCUCCUCCUCCCCCCAUCUUUGGCUUUCGCCUCUUCCCCUUUCUCCUUCCACCCCAAGAUCCAAUGUUGGCACCAAAGCCCUCGCCUCCUUUCCCCCCCGCGCAGGCUCCCUCUGAGAACCCCCCCAAAAUUCUCAGCCCGGGAUCAAGAAGAGAAAGCUAAUCCGCCGUCCUCAUCCGUCGCCGUGGUCCCCGAUGAGGGGGAUGGCGAUGACCGGUCGCCCGCCUCGGAGGGCGUCGCGGGAGACGGAGGAGAGUCGGACGAGGAGGCCCAGAAGCAGCAGCAAGAAGUGGACUGGAAGACGGACGAAGAGUUCAAGAAGUUCAUGGGCAACCCCUCGAUCGAGGCCGCGAUCAAGCUCGAGAAGAAGCGGGCCGACAGGAAGCUCAAGGAGCUCGACCGGCAAUCUGAUGUCAAUCCCGUCACUGCCUUCUUCAAGAACGUACUCAGGGAUAGCUUAACCAGAGAGAAGGAGAGGUUGGAGAAGGCGGAGGAGGCGUUCAAGGCUCUGGAUCUCAACAAGCUGAAGAGUUGCUUCGGAUACGAUACAUUCUUUGCUGUCGAUGUUAGGAGGUUUGGCGAUGGGGGUAUUUUUAUUGGAAAUUUGAGAAAACCUAUCGAAGAAGUCGUGCCAAAAUUGGAAAAGAAGCUCUCCGAGGCAGCUGGACGAGAAGUUGUGCUGUGGUUCAUGGAGGAGACGAAAGAUGAUAUAACCAAGCAGGUUUGCGUGGUACAACCCAAAGCAGAAAUCGAUCUUCAAUUUGAGGCCACUAAGCUGAGUACACCAUGGGGAUAUGUGAGUGCAGUAGUUUUAUGUGUGGCAACUUUUGGAACCAUUGCAUUGAUGAGCGGCUUCUUCCUUAAGCCUGGUGCUACUUUUGAUGACUACAUAGCAGACGUUGUCCCUCUUUUUAGUGGCUUUCUCUCUAUCUUAGGUGUGUCAGAGAUUGCAACAAGGGUAACAGCAGGUCGUUAUGGUGUUAAUCUCAGUCCAUCAUUUCUUAUUCCAUCAAAUUGGACUGGCUGCCUAGGCGUAAUGAAUAACUACGAAUCACUAUUGCCCAAUAAAAAAGCUCUCUUUGACAUUCCAGUUGCACGCACUGCAAGUGCAUAUCUGGCAUCAUUAGUGCUUGCUAUCACUGCAUUUAUAAUUGAUGGCAGUUUCAAUGGUGGAGACAAUGCUCUAUUUAUUAGGCCUCAGUUCUUCUAUAACAAUCCCCUUCUUUCUUUCGUUCAACUUGUAAUAGGACCUUAUGCAGAUGAACUAGGUAAUGUAUUACCUAAUGCAGUUGAAGGGGUUGGGGUGCCUGUUGAUCCUCUUGCUUUUGCUGGACUUUUAGGAAUGGUUGUGACAUCCUUGAACUUACUGCCAUGCGGAAGGCUUGAAGGAGGGCGUAUAGCGCAGGCUCUCUUCGGAAGGAACACCGCGACCAUUCUGUCUUUUGGCACAUCAUUACUUUUAGGAAUAGGUGGCCUCAGCGGAAGCGUGCUGUGUCUGGCCUGGGGCUUGUUUGCAACAUUCUUCCGUGGCGGCGAAGAGUUGCCCGCUAAGGAUGAGAUUACACCAUUGGGAGAUGACCGGUAUGCGUGGGGAUUCGUCUUGGCCUUGGUUUGCUUCCUCACCCUAUUUCCAAAUGGUGGUGGCACAUUCUCAAGCUCAUUCUUCGGCCCACCAUAUUUCAGAGGUGAAAUCUAACAAGGCAAAACUUAACCCGAUCUUUCCAUGGCAAUCUGUAUCAUGUUUGUUGUAUAUUAACAAAAAGAGUCAUAUUUGCCCUAAAGUCCUAUCAUUAUCGUGUUGAAUGAUGUACAUGUAUGCAAUCUGAUCCAUAAAUGGUUAGCUUAAAUGACUAUUAGCUUCA